GGCCUGGCCAUGUGCAGCAUAUUCGCUGCAUGAGCUGCGCCCGAUGCGUGCCCAAGGACAAGGCUAUGAAGUUUGUCAUCCAAAACAUGGUAGAGGCCGCAGCCAUCAGGGACACCUCUGAAGCAAGUGUCUUCGAAGCCUAUGUGUUCCCCAAGCUGUAUGUGAAGCUACAUUACUGUGUGAGUUGCGCCACUCAGAGCAAGGUAGUCAGGAACCGAUCUUGUGAAGCUCACAAGGACCGAACACCCCCACCCUGAUUUAGACCUGCAGAUGCUGCCCCUCACCCUCCACCAAAGCCUGUGUAAGGAGCCUAGUCUAUAAGGACUGAAGAAAUGUCUGUCCU